AUGGAGACAAAUGGCCCAAUAACUGAUGCAGGGCUGCCCUCGCCUGGUGAUCUGAUUCUGCAGCAAAAGAAAGAUGCGAUUCAGGCGGCGGGGCAGCCAACCGGUGAUGGAAGCCUCUUUUCCCAACUGUCCAGCAACCCGUUCUUCACAGCGGGGUUUGGUCUUGCUGGGCUCGGAGCUGGAUUGAGUCUCGCCCAGAAGGGUCUUCGACAUGGUGCCGCCCUCCUUCGUCGCCGCAUGCUGGUGGAUGUCGAAAUUAGCAUCAAAGACGAUUCCUACCCGUGGUUCCUUCAUUGGAUGACCCUUUACCAACAGUCGCAACUCAAUGCAGCCCGCUCAGCAGCCAGCCGGACUGGCUUCAUGGAAAGCAUCCUUCAGAAAUUGACACCGGGAAUGCGUCAUCUGUCGAUACAGACACAGAAAGUGGAACAUUCAAACGGCGCGAUACAUACACACUUCUCACUGGUUCCUGGCCCGGGGCGACACGUUUUGCGUUACAAAAACGCAUUUAUCUUUGUCAACCGGAUGCGGGAGUCUAAAUCGCAGGAUCUACAAACCGGGCGACCGUGGGAGACCAUCACGCUCACCACGCUCUAUUCUCAUCGGCAUAUUUUUGAGGAACUUUUCACAGAGGCCCAUGCCUAUGCGGCCAAGUCACACGAAGGGAAGACUUCUAUCUACAACAGCUGGGGCACGGAAUGGAAACUUUUUGGGCAACCACGGCGCAAGCGUCCAUUGGACUCGGUUAUCCUUGACGAAGGUGUCAAGGAACGGAUUGUUGAAGAUGUGAAGGACUUUGUGGAAAGUGGGAAAUGGUAUCAUGAACGGGGAAUCCCUUACAGGCGUGGUUACCUGUUGUACGGGCCGCCUGGUACGGGAAAGAGCUCUUUUAUCCAGGCUCUUGCUGGAGAGCUGGAUUAUGACAUUGCUAUCCUGAACCUGAGCGAGCGAGGGCUAACGGACGACCGCCUCAACCACCUACUUACUAUUGUGCCGAAUCGGACUCUUGUCUUAUUGGAAGACGUGGAUGCUGCGUUUUCGAACCGGCGCCAAACCGACACAGAUGGGUAUCGCGGCGCCAAUGUGACAUUCUCGGGUCUACUUAAUGCCCUGGACGGUGUAGCGAGUGCCGAGGAGCGGAUCAUCUUUCUCACAACGAACCAUGUUGAACGACUUGAUGAAGCCUUAGUUCGGCCCGGCCGAGUGGAUAUGACGGUCCGUCUAGGUGAAGUGACUCGCUACCAGGUGUGCUGUUUGUGGGACAGAUUCUACGGUGACCUCGAUACAACGGGGUCAUAUCGGCAGGCAUUCCUCGAUCGGCUACAGGAUCUUGGUCUUAUAGAAGACGAGAAGGGCUUCAAGGCCGACCGAUCGAAGUGCACAAGCGCGGCUGCUCUGCAGGGCUUGUUCUUGUAUAACAAGGGGAAUAUGGAGGGCGCAAUUGCGAUGGCUGAGGCUUUGACGCAUACAGUGCGUGAUCAGGUGAUGGAGGACGAUCAUUCUGAGCACGGUCACUGA